AUGUCGAUGUUUGAUCCCACCGUAAAAGUCGAUCGUCAACCGCCACCGAUGCCGGACACCAAUGGCGUCGAGUAUCCGAGAGCGGCCAGUUGGGCGUCCGGCACGUGCCAAGCCGUAAUGAAGGAUGAUAAAGGAUGCCAACUCUUUCGCUGCUUCCUCUACGAGGCACUCGCAGAAGAGAAUCUUUCCUUCGUUGAAGCUGUCGACAAAUUGAAGAAAAUGAAGAACAGUGACGAAAAGAAGGAGUACGCCAAGGAGAUUGUUCAACUCUACUCGCCUUACAUCAAUCUGAGCAGUGGAGCAAUGAAGAGCAUGAAAGAUGCUGUGGAAUCGGAAAAUGUCGAUGCGGAAGGGUUUGCAGCUGCCGUAAAAGAGGUUAAACGCCUUCUAGAAAAUGAUCAAUUUCCACGUUUUCGACGCUCAGAAAUCUACCUGAAUUAUCUGGAGGAACUACUGCCGAGAUCUUACGCGGAACGAUGGGCCACCAGUUUUGAGGCUCUUCUGGGGAAUCACGUUGGACGCCAUCAUUUCCGUAUAUUCCUACGUGGUAUCCAUGCUGAGGAAAAUUUGCGAUUCUGGGAAGCUGUGGUAGAGUUUCGAAGUCAGAAGAACAAAAGUCCGGCUCAACUUACAGCCGGAAAAAGUUGCCUGAACACAUUCUUAGCCGAAGGAGCUAAUAAUGAGGUGUUCCUUCCGUUUGGUGUUCGACAGGUGAUUGAGAAGAAAAUACAAGAGAAGGAGGUUGAUAUAUCGCUUUUCGACGAAGCUAUUAAGCAUGUUGAGCAGGUCCUACGCAACGAUCCAUAUGUACGCUUUCUGCAAAGCCCCCAGUACCUUAAUCUACUGGCAAAGCUCAAGAAUUAA